AUGGUCAACUUUGCUCUUCCCGCCGUUGCCGCUGUGGUUCUUGCCCAGCUCACCGGAGCCAGCCCGGUCGUCGCCACUCGGUCCGACGCCGUCGAGGUGUUUUCCUUUGGCAAAUGGAUUGACGGCAUUAUCGCCAACCCCGAAGGAGACAACUUGACUCCCGACGAGGCCGUCGAGGCCUGGCACGCAUCUCUUGAGAGUACCAGCGUUGCCCCUACCGGGGAGAACCUUCUCGUGAAGCGUUACUACUGCAACACCAUUCCCAACACCGAGGCCUACGUUCCCGAUGCCGUGACCUGCAUCAACGACCUCGCUCGCCGGGGUGGCGAGGCCUGCAGAGUGGACGGCUCCCGCGUGUUCUGCGUCAUUGGACGCGCCCAGAUCACCGGAGUUGUCGGCGGCGGCGUUACUUCAUCGACUUCUUCUUGCAACGACGUCGCACGUGGUGCUGGUUUCGUGAUGGAUCACUGCACUCGCGCGGACAACACCGUCCAGGGUGCGGAGUUUGCCUACGGCAACGGCAACCUUCUUGUGUGGAUCCGCCGUCCCUCUUAG